AAAAAUAAUAAGCAGUGAUGUGCUGACUUUCAUCACGCAUGCAUCGUCAUAAUUUUAACAGAAAAAUAAAAAUGGCUAACAUAAUAGCAUUUUGUGUCAUCGCAUUGACGUUAGUAUCGGCGUCUUUGGCAUCAGACUUUAUUGUUUUAUAUUCUGAAGACGAUAAACAAUUAGAAGUGGAAUAUGGAAAAAAUACAUCAUUGAAGAAUCUGAAGCUAAGCUUCUAUGAAGAUUGCAUCAAUAAAGAUCCAAGUGUUUGCACCCCAAAAUCAGGAAGCAAUGCAAGAUACUUAAGUUAUUUUUCAGAAUCAGAAAAACAGGAAUGUAAGCAUUUUGAACAAAUCAGUCAGUCGAUGAAUGAUGUCUUGCAAUUUUGUGUCGAAUUCGAUAACAGUUCUUGGUUUGGUGGCGCCGAAGUAGGUUUACAAGAAUGGCCUCUGAAUAAACUUAACUGGACAGAUAGAGAAUAUGUGACAAAAGAAUCGAACAGCCAAGCAGUGGUCGAGUCAUAUUUCUUCAACUCUGACGGAUUUUACAUACACAUUAACGAUUCAGUUGCCUUAUUCGUAGAUAUCAAUGGCCCAAGACCAGGAAAAAUGUGUUUCACCGCUAAAGUUGUUGCUCCUUACAGAAAAGAUAGGAAUUUCAUGCAAUUUCGCGUUUGCAAGUUUAGUGAUCCMCGAAAAGCUCACGAAAACGCCAUUGAAGAUUUCCUAGGUUCACCCAUGUCCAUACCCGAUCCUUAUGUAGUGAAGUACCCAAUUUGGUCGACGUGGGCUAGGUAUAAGAUUGAAGUUAACACAUCUUCCGUUUUGAGUUACGCCCAAGAAAUAGUCACAAACGGAUUUGACAAAGGUACGUUCGAGAUAGACGACAAGUGGGAAACUUGCUACGGCAGUGCAACGUUCGAUGAAAAUCGGUUCAGUAAUAUUAAAGAUACAGUAAAUCAAUUGAAAUCAUAUGGUUUCAAGACUUCUUUGUGGACACAUCCGUUCAUAAAUCUGGAAUGUCCUAUUCACGAUGAAGCCAAAAAUAAGGGAUAUUUUGUGAAUAGUACAUCAGGCACAGUGAAUUCUAUUUGGUGGAAUGGAAAUGCCUCUUAUAUAGACUUCACAAAUCCCGAAGCAGCGGCAUGGUGGUCAAAUCGUUUACGUAAUUUACUCGCAACAUCUGGUAUUGAUACACUUAAGUUUGAUGCAGGAGAAGCCAGUUGGAGCCAUCCACUUCCGGUUUAUUACGAUGACGAUUUGACAUACUACCCUGAUAACAUUGUAAACGCAUACCUCAAUACAAUCAAGGCUUUUGGCGACAGCAUAGAGUACAGGGCGUCCAGAAGGAGUCAAUCAUAUGGUUGCUUGUUAAGAAUGAUCGACCGUGAGUCGCGGUGGAAUUACGAAUUGGGAUUACCAACACUAAUCACAUCCUUGAUACAUUUGAAUAUGAUUGGAUAUCCGUUCGUAUUACCGGAUAUGAUCGGUGGUAACGGUUAUAACAACUCACCGCCUUCCAAAGAGAUGUACAUCAGAUGGAUCCAAGCCGGUGUGUUCAUGCCAGUGGUACAAUUUUCGUACACUCCUUGGGACUUCGACGUACAGACAUUAGAAUUGUGCCGAUAUUUCAUGGCACUCCGCAACAACUAUACAGACAAGAUUGUGGAUUUAAUGAAACAAACUGUUGCACACGGUACGCCAGUGAACCCUCCGGUCUGGUGGAUCGAUCCCACUAACACAGAUGCACAUGCAAUCGACGACCAAUUUCUGUUGGGUGAAAAUAUAUUGGUAGCUCCAGUUCUCGUCGAAGGUGCUACUUCUCGACAUAUUUACCUACCCAAAGGUAUGUGGAGGGACGAAAACCAUCCCAAAAGUUCACUCUUAUCUGGAAGAACAUGGUUGAUCGAUUAUCCAGCCAGCCUUGAAAUUCUCCCGUGGUUUACUAGAGUUAGCUCCGAGAAUCGACAAGAAACAUCCAGUUCGGUUUGUCAUAUAUCGUCUGCUACUUUUAUUAUCACUUUAGGUUUAAUAACGUAUUUAUUUCGAUGAAAUUCAUCAUAUAUCGUCGAAUUGAGCUACCUAAAUAACUUGAUGUAAUGUUAUAAUUUAAUUUUUUUGUAUUCGAUUGUACAGCCAGUGGCCCUAUAACGAAGCUGGAAAUUGAUUUAAUUUAUUCAACUGAUGUGAUAUUAAUUAUAAUUAUAACUUUAGAUGUUUCACUAAA